CUCCUUGCAUGGUCUCCACUAAAUAAUUAAUGUCAAUAAUAUGCCAAGUAUGUGGUGACCCCACCCAAGUUGCUACACACUCUUGAGUUAAUAUCUAGAAUAGCUAGCUAUUGAGCAACUUCUACACAAGGCUAGCCUCAGUAUUAAAUAUAAGCAGUGCUCAUUUUAGGGUGGAGUCUGUGGAUUCAACAAGUGCUUCAGCUUUAUUAUUACAGAGCUACACUAUCUGCAAACAGAGAUAAUAAUAUAAAUAUUUAUAGUUUAUAGCCGUGGCUGUUUUGAAAGCCUCGCUAUAGUGCAGCAUAAGUAGUUGCUGGGUUUGUGUGUAUUCAUAGUCUGAGAUUAUCUGGUCUGCAUCUCUCCCCUUCUCUAUAUGUCAUCUCCCUCUCUGGCAACAAACUUUGUCACUAUGAAUUUCCUUCAAAAAUGGACAAUCUCAGAAGCGGAGAAAGCUUCCAAUUCGUUCGUUGGUUUUGCCAACCUUCCCAACCAAGUCUUCAGGAAAGCAGUCAAGAGAGGUUUUCAGUUCUCGUUGAUGGUGGUCGGUCAGUCUGGACUCGGUAAAUCGACACUAAUCAACUCACUGUUUAUGUCUGAUAUCUACGAGGAUUGUACCUAUGGUGACAUUGCUCAGAGAACACCUCCCAAGACCACUCAUGUUCGAUCAUCGACAGUGUCUGUCCAGGAGGGUGGUGUCCAGUUGGAGCUAACAGUGGUGGACACUCCUGGGUUUGGAGAUGUGGUGGACAACACUGACUGCUGGUCCCCUAUAGUGGAGCACAUUGAGACCAAGUUCGAGGAAUAUCUGAAUGAAGAGGCUAGGGUCACUCGAGGGUUCAUAUCAGACCGCAGGGUUCACGCCUGUCUCUACUUCAUUGCCCCCACUGGACACGGGUUGAAGCAGAUUGAUAUUGAAUUCAUGAAGCAGCUCCAUGAGAAGGUCAGCAUUAUUCCAGUCAUUGCUAAGGCAGACACGCUCACUCCAGAGGAAUGCGCUCGAUUCAAGAAAACUGUGCUCCAGGAGAUACGGGAGUGUGGUAUCAAUAUCUACGAGUUCCCUGAUACUGACGGAGAUGCUGAAGAAGCUGCAGCCAACAAGAAGCUCAGAGGUUGUAUACCAUUUGCUGUGGUUGGUAGCAACUCUGUGCUGGAAGUGAGUGGUAAGAAGAUACGAGGACGCAACUACCCCUGGGGCGUGGUCGAGGUGGACAAUAUAGAGCACUGUGACUUUGCCACUCUAAGAAAUAUGCUCCUCAGGACGCACAUGCAGGAUCUGAAAGACUCGACUGCACUGGUCCACUAUGAGAACUACCGUUGUCGUAAACUAGCGGGUGUGGUCAACUCUCCUGACCCCAAGAAAUUCAGUGCCCCCUCAAGAGACCCCCUGGCUCAGUUUGAGAUUGAGAAGAGAGAACACGAACAAAAGAUGAAGAAGAUGGAGCGUGAGAUGGAGGAAGUGUUCGAUAUGAAGGUCCAGGAGAAACUGCAGAAACUCAAGGACAUCGAGGCAGACUUGAAUCGACGCAAGGAGCAGAUGCGUCGUGCUUUGGAGACACAACAGAAAGAACUGGCAGACAAACGCAAGCAAUUCGAAGAUGACAAGUUCCAUUUCGAUGAAGAGCACAAAAGAUACCUCGCAGAACUGGAGCUGUCUAUGAAGAGUGGUAAAGACAAGUCAAAGACACACAAGAAGAAAUAAACUCCCUAGAAAAUCAGUAUAGACUAAUAGAACUAAUGGUGUUCAAUUAACUGUAGGCUUUUCUCUGUUGUGUAGAAUGAGCAAGGCAUGUGUGCACACACACCAAGCUUCUACUUAAUUUCUUUUGGCAUCUUUCUUUUAAGUGCAUUUAUAAAUAAUUUUAGGACUGAUUUUAGUGAAUUUACUAGUUUCUUCACCCAUUACUAAGUGGUGUGCUGCUGCUGUGUUGUUGUACCUUCUAUAGAAUAUCUCUUAUUUUUAUUGUACUCUUUCCCAUCAUGUCCCUAAACUGUAUUCAGAAACACCAUCGAUAUUGAAUAAUUUA